AUGUGCAAAUAUCCACUAUCUAUUACCAAUACUUACAAUGUCACCAAACUGGCUAUUAAUGAAGACAUGGAGACUAUCAAACAAUUUGCCAAAAUGCUUACACAGGAUACUAUAAUGGCUGUCUCGGGCCUUCGCACUCAGCAGUCUCAGGGCAGGUCGCAAAACUCAUACACUUCUCGCCAAUCACCUACCAAAAAAUUGUUAUCUAAUGCUGUUCUUCUUCCUCUUGAGCAAAUAGUUAAACUCAAAGACACUACUUUUUGUGCUACCGUUGCUACAAUUACAAAAAUCUUUGCCUCAAAAUAUGGCUGGUACUACCAAGCAUGCCAUGAAUGCCCAAAUAAAGUCACCGGUGAUAAACCUCCCUACAAGUGUGUAAAGGGACAUGACACUGAAACUGCCAUAUUCAGGUAUAAAAUAGAGGUGGGUGUUCUUCAUGCUGGUACAAAAUGCAAGUUUAUUUUGUGGGACAAGGAAAGUGAGGAACUAUUGGAGGUGUCGGCUGCUCAUAUGCGCGAAACAAUGUUUCAGGCUGGAAUAUUUGAUCCCCUUGAUUUCCCGUUGGCACUUGACAAGCUCCUGGAUCAGGAACUUGCCUUCAAAGUCAAGUGGCAACCAGGUUGGUCUAAUUGCUCUGUCAUCAUGUUGGUGAAAGAUAAACCUAUAGUGGAUCAACUAAAAGCUGAAUGGGUAGAUGCAACUGCAGUUACUUCACAACAGCUUAACGCCCUUGUCAACCAUGUAACAUUUGUCUUGCGCUGUGUCUAA